UUCAUUGUGUUCAUCUUAUGAUGAGUGGUGAUGUCAUUGAACAUCUGUAGUUAUGACAAACAUCUCAAUUGUGACAUCUAAUGUGCUUUUUUGCUCAUAGAAAAGGGAAUCUGAAACCAUGAACAACUGUGGGCUUGCACUAACAAGAACACAGCUCACAUUAUGAACAUCUAUCUGCAAGUCUUGAACAUCUGAAUCUGGAGGUCAAGAUAUGGGUCAGGAAUUUUGGAAAAAAGUUUGUCAUGCCUUAUGAAAGAACUAGAACAAGAGAAUACUAUCAAGCAUUGCCCAACUGUUGAAGAAUCAGAGCUUCCUGGCAGCUUUCCUUCCUAUGAACUCCAGGAUGGAGGAAAAAAGAAAAAAUCUUGUGAGAAAGAAAGAGUCAGCUGAGGUUCUAACUAUUGAGCAGUGUGCUGAGACUGCCAAGAGAGAAGUAUCCAAGAGCCACCAAGCAGACAUACAGUUGGAGUGCUGCAUGUCACCAAGCAUUUCUGAAGCAUGGACCUCAAGACAGUUUACAAUGUCAUGCUUUUAAAUUAGGGGUGAGCAACCUCACUGGGUUCUGGGACCAAUCUCCCCAUUCCUAUCUCACAUUUUGUUUGUCCCCUAUUGUUGUCAUGACCUUCCAGGCUUCGGGAGUACAUACCAGUUUCAGACCCCUCCACUGAACUCCAUAUAAUAAUGAUAUCUGAUUCAGAAGUGGAAGAUGUUCAACCAGUUUCUGAAAGAACAGCACGGCAUGACAGUAAGGAAAUGUGUCCAACAGUUCCUCCGGAAUCCAGCUCAAAAAUGAGUAGGAAUGGUAAUCAGGAUUACUGCAAUGGGAAAUUGCAGUUUGUACAGAAAAUAAUGAGACAGAUCGAAGACUUGCCGCUAGAUCACAUAGAUUUCCAUACCACAGCUUUGCGUUGUCAGGGACUGCUUCUCAUUCAAGACCUAAGCCAAGUGGACUCAUCUCUAUGGAAUAAAGAGAAGCUGCUCAGCAUCUGCAUUGCCAGCAUCUUUGCCUUGCCAUCAGUUGACACCUUACACAGACAGGAUGGGGAAAAGGCUGAUGUACAGGCAUUAUAUGACCAGACAGUAAAAGCAAUGGAAGCAAUGCUGAGCCACCUCUUAUCAGAGAACCCAAACACAACUGAACUGUUCCUACUCUUAGAGCACUUCUCACCCUGGAUGAAAUCAGCACAAGUGCAUGAACGAGCAAGAGCAGUGAAAACCUAUGUAUUCCUGUUGAAAUUUGCAGCCACUUACCCGAAGUUUGAUAUGUCUCCUGAAAGACCCAGGCUAGGGGUCUUGCUUGGUCAGCUAUGCCUACGUCUCAAUGACACCAAAAAGGAAAUUGGCCGAAAGGCUAUGCAAGGCAUAUAUUUCCUGUAUUGGCUUGUACACCAGAAAACGGAUUCUGAAAUGAAAGCUGACUCAUUGGAGCAAGGGCAAUUUGAAAUAUGCAAAGAGAUUUUGGGUUCUUACGACUCUGCUAUGUCUCAUCACAAUAUCAUUGAAAUUAUUAAGGAAUUUGAACCAUUUCUCAGCUCAAAACAGAUGACAGAGCUUUUAUUGAUGGCGAUAGACUGCCUAAAGGAAGCCAACAGGCACACGACUGCAGCCUCCCAUGCCAUCACAUCUGUCAUCUUGGAGUUCUAUGAGCACAAAUUACAUGAACAAGUGCCAGAAAUUGUGGAUAAGAUUUAUCAGCAGCUUGGUUCCAUCUACCAACUCCGGGACAGACAAAUAAUGAUGAGAGUCUUGACCCAUCUGACUCACACUUACAUGGAAGAAGUAUGCAAUGCCCUUCUACAGUGUCCUUUUCCAAUUGACAGAUUUUCCGCUGAGAUGUGGUACGUGUUGAUAAAAGCAUGCUCAGACUAUGAACUAACUAUCAUUGCAAACACACUGCUGAAAAAGCUACAACUGAGUCCAAAAGCUACUGGAGACUAUACCACACCACUAGCUGCUGCAGGUGCUUUCUGCAAGUUGCUAUCUCUGCCAAAAUGUUCAGAAGUGGCACUCUACAUCUAUCCUCGACUGCUGAUGGCGCUUCUUGUUCAACUACACUAUAACAUCAGGCACAACAUUACAGGGAGCGUGAUGUCUCAGGAUAAAGAUGAUUCUGUGAGUUGUGUUGUGAUGGCACUGAAGACUCUUCUCCUAGCUGUGAGGUGCUAUUGUGAGUUUGCUGUUAUGGAGAAGGAGCAGGGCUGGGAUCUACUCUCCAGCUGUGAAGAUCACCACCGGGGGGUAGGCCUUCUUGCCAGAGCCAUGCUUCAAAGCACCUAUUAUCUUGACCUUCAGAGGAUCUUGUACCUCCUGGUUCCCUUCUUGGAGCGAGGGGAUGAAGAGCACCAGAUCACAGCCACAGCUUUCUUUGUUGAACUUCUUUGUAUGUCAGAGGCCAGAAGACUUCCAGAUAAAUAUUCCAUUUGCCGCCUGAAGCGAGGUCUCAUGCAUGAAAUCUCAGUGAUCAGGGCAUUGAGUAUCAAAGGGCUUAUUAACAUGGUAGACUGGCCAGGAAAGGAAGUAAAGCUGUUAUUGCCAGCCAUGACAAAAAGCCUGUCUGGAAUGGAUGGGAAACUAUUUGUGGAAAGUGUGGCAGAAAUAGAGGCGCUUCUCAAUGGCCCAGAAGGAGCAGAUUGUAUUUGCAACAUCACGGAUUCUCUUCAGGACCUCUUUAGUGAUAAGAGAGACAGUGUGCGUGCCUCUGCCAUAUAUCUUUUUGGGAGAAUGGUGAAAAGGUCCAAGAAGAGCAACAAACUAAUGAUAAGGCAACAAAUACUACAAAACAUGAUUCCAUUAUUUUUGCAUCUCCAGGAGGAGAAUGCUGACAUCAGCAAGAAAUCUAAAUACACCUUAGAGGAAUCCUUUCACUUCCUGGGAUGGAAAGCUCCAAAGCAGAUUGUCAGUUGGAAUGCUUGGCAUGAACAUGAAGAUGUUCUGGAUGAAACCUGCAGAUAUCUUAUACAGAAACAAGAAGGAGCUCUUCAAAGAUUCUUGUACCAGGGCAUUUUCUACACAGGGAGUCCCAUUAUUUCUAUUAAAAGGGCUUCCAUCAUGUUCCUAAGUUUCCUAGUACUACGUAUGGACAACACAGUUGCAAAGGAAGAUCUAGAUUUGGUAUCCCAAACUCUGGAAAGCCUGAUGCAUGAUUCCGAUGUAUCCGUGUGCAUGACUGCAGCCCAUGCCCACAAUCGCAUCUCCGCUAUUCUCUCAAAACAGUUGAAUGGACUUCAUGGCAACAAUAUGGCCGCAGCCAGUGACUCUGGCGCUGAAAAGCAGAUCAGUAAUUCCAGAUCCCAGAACUCUUUCCGCAACAGCAGUUCCAGUCUGUUUCGCGUCAUGAGCCUUUGGAAAUCUGCCAACAGGAAUUAGGGUCUUGCUGGUGGGUGGGAAAGGAGUUCGGCAUGCACCUUUUCAUCACAACAGAAUGGCUGCAAACAUUAUUCUUCUUGCAGUCAACGUGUGGAAGAAAAACAUGAAGGGGGACCACAAAAGGAAUCUUGGCUUCAUUGUUUCCCUCAAUAAUAAAUGUCACUGGUUCACUCCACAA